AUGGAAGAGAACAGUGAAAACUCAAUGAUACAACUUAGACGUGUAUCAUCUGAAGCUGUCACAAUUUUGACUGUAAAUGAUAUGAAAAGCACUUUUGGAUAUGAAGAAAUAUCUGUUCAACUCACUAGUUGUAGAGCGUCUAUGGCAAAAUCACAGAUAACUGAAGACAGUACUCAAAUUUCAGCUUUGUGCGAUAAAAAUGAUCCUUCUAGUGAUAGAGCACAAAAUAGUUGCCGUGCUUGUUACCUCUUUUAA